AGUAUGACAGUCAAUGAAGCGUGACAUGCACUUCCAAAAGGUAAACCAGCCCACAAGGAGGGGCCACCCCCGUGCGCACACUCCCUCAGGUGUCUGUCACUAGGUCAGGUCACGAUCUGUGAGCGUGACACCCGAUCGGUGUGAACCCGACGCUACCCUCUGAAGCUCGCGGACGAGACGAGAGCAGCGAGUGUACACACUGUGCUGUCACCGUGUCCCCCUGUGUUGUCACCGUGUCCUCCGGUGUACAUACCACACUCUCUGUCCACCUCUCUCUCUCUCUGUAACCACAAGUCCGUGUCUGUACCCUCCGUGUGUCCUCCCGGAAGUGGAACUCCGACCAUCAUGGUGGGGUCGGGACGCACCAACGCAGAGGAACUGACCAAACCAGUCGCUACAGGUGACAACACACAGUGGAGGGAGCGUGAAGACUGGAAUGGUGCUGUUGAUGGUAGUCAUGGUUACAACACCAGGUACCUGCGCCCGGGAGCUCGCCGCGGCCCUCAGCGUAAUGGAUCGUUUCCGGGUAACGGCGUUACCUUGUCACAGGGCUCCCUGGACAACACGUCCACGUCCGACACACACACGAGGGAGGGCUCUGUAACCGGAAGUGAACAUCCCUCGCCCUUGUACGCCAAUGACGAGAACGCAGAGCGAGGCAACUGGUCGGGGCGCUUCGACUUCCUGUUGUCCCUACUGGGCUACGCCGUGGGCCUGGGCAGCAUCUGGCGCUUCCCCUACCUCUGCUUCCGCAAUGGAGGAGGAGCUUUCUUGUUUCCAUACCUGAUCAUGACGGUCGUCAUUGGCACUCCUGUCUUCUUCCUAGAGGCCUCCCUCGGGCAGUUCUGUAGCGCCGGUCCUAUGGCAUGCUGGGAUUUCGCGCCGUUGUUUAAAGGCCUUGGCAUUGCCAUGGUGAUGGUCUCAGCCUUGACUUCUAUCUACUACAACAUGAUCAUGGGCUGGUCACUGUACUACCUCUUCGCGUCCUUCACCUCUAACCUGCCAUGGAGAACAUGUGAUAACCCGGAGUGGAACACCCAAGACUGCAGCCUCAAGCUGCCAUUGGUCGAUUGUAAAAAGGGAGAGAAGCUGGAGGAUGGUACGUGUAAUGACGCAACUUCCGGUAGCUUCCUUGGCAUUUGGAACUACAGUGUCUUCACGAACGCUACGGGUCGGAGGAGAAUUUCACCUUCGGAGGAAUACUGGAAUGGAAGAGCUCUGAAAAUAAGUUCUGGUAUAGAUGAUUUCGGCACACCCAAGUGGGACAUGACUCUGUGUCUGUUGUUAGCCUGGAUCUUGUGUUUCCUCUGUCUGCUGAAAGGCAUCAAAACAACAGGAAAGGUUGUCUAUUUCACGGCAAUAUUUCCCUACGUUGUACUCAUCAUCCUGUUCUUUCGAGGAGUUACCCUUGACAACGCCGGCGAGGGCAUUAAGUACUACAUUAUUCCGGACUUUGGCCGCCUAGCUGAUGCAAGGGUGUGGAACGAUGCUGCCAAUCAAGUGUUUUUCGCGCUGUCCGUUGCCGGCGGAGGCCUUAUAACACUCUCCAGCUACAAUCGCUUUAAAAACAACAUUUUUAGAGACACCAUGAUCGUGGUCAUCAGCGACACAGCCACCUGCAUCUUCGGAGGUUUUGUCAUCUUUUCCUUCUUGGGCUACAUGGCCGGUCAGUUGGGGCUAGAGGUCAAGGACGUGGUCAAGGACGGAGCCGGUCUGGCAUUUGUAGUCUACCCAGAAGCCGUGUCCAGCCUGCCACCUGCCACCCUGUGGGCCAUUCUCUUCUUCAUUAUGCUUCUGACUUUAGGCCUUGACAGUCAGUUUGCCAUGGUAGAGACUGUACUAACUGGAAUUUUAGACCAGUUUCCACAUCUGCGACCAAAGAAAUCUUUCGUCAUCCUCAUCAUUUGCAUCGUUUUUUUCUUCUUGGGCCUACCCCUUGCUUGUCCGGGUGGCAUGUACCUGCUACAACUGAUGGACAGCUACGCUGGCGGCCUCACUCUCAUCAUCGUGGCGUUCUUUGAAAUCGUUGCCGUUAUCUAUGUCUACGGUUGCAACCGGUUUUGUCGCGACAUUCACAUCAUGAUUGGCACUAAUAUAUUUAUCUAUUGGAAGGUCACGUGGAUGGUUCUCAGUCCUCUAACUAUUGCGUUCAUCUUUAUAUUCAUGUUAGUGGACUACUCGCCUUCUAAAUACGGAGACUACUUGUACCCGCGAUGGGCUGACGGGGUGGGCUGGCUCUUCGCUCUGUCUUCCAUCAUCUUCAUUCCGCUGACGAUGGUGUACAAACUCUGCAGGGAAACAGAGGGCGACACUGUGCUUCAGAAGCUGCGUCUUCUGACAACUCCCAAGACCACUUGGGGGCCGGCGCUGCCCAAAUUCCGGGAGCUUGUAGAUUAUGUUGAUGGUUUUGAGGUCGACCCACACAAGACGAGAAUGCAGGAAAGAUUCCCUUCAUGGCACACCAACAAAGCUUUUGUGAGCGACACCAAAUCCUCUCCAUUGCAACCCACCCAUGCGCCCUUGGGUCUGAGAUCUCAGUCCAUGUACUCUGGGUUUUCGGGAAUUUCUGGAGGGAGCACCAACACAUACGAAACCAAUGUAUGACAACUCGCACACAUGUUGAUGGUCCGUGUCUUACCACACGGUGUUGUACACUCGCACCCACGCUGGGAGUUCCGGAAGAACUAUUUUGGUGUAUAAGAUGUCGUUCCAGACACAUCCGCUCACUGUUGGAGCUGGAAGUGACAUAGUCUCAGGGAUAAAGCACCAAGUAUUCUUUGAAAAUCUCGCAGACUGUGAAAGAGGGGUAAACAGUUGGAGGCAGUCAGCCUCUCCUUUGGAUCUCUCUUUUUGAACAAUCUGUUUUUUGUAAAGGCAGCAACAGCUGUGAUUACGCAGUGGAUUUAUAAAGCAUCCUUCUCCAGCAUCUCAGCCAACAUACACACAUCUUUUUAAGUGUAGGCAUAAAAUGCACCUUUAUAUACGAACACGAAUAUGCACAAUACACUCUCUCAUUUGAGUAAAGACAAAGCUGUUAUACUUAUGUCCUUCUCGAGUGCCAGCUUGCCAUCAUGUGAUUUGACUUAAGAUGAUGACGUGUAAAGGACCCACACACAGUCCCCACUGCGUUCACCGUGACUGGAGUAGAAGACAUCCUGUGCUGGGGCUGCCAAGAUGGAGCAGCAUGAAGAAUACCCCGAAAGAACAAAUGACAACUAUAAAUUACAAUAAUUAUAAUCACCCUGUGAAUGACAUUUCUUGAGUUCCGUGACUCUCAUCAGGAGUCGUCCUUGGUGUCCGACAAUAAGUAGCAAUUACCUGUACAGCAGCCUGGAUUUCUUGAUUUUACAUCUGAACUUCAUUUAGCCUGUUUUUGUUUUUACUUUUUUAUUAUUAUAAGAAAAUGUGAGGAGCACAAUCAUGCCAAGGGCACAGCAUUUAAAUAUUGCUCAGGUGCUGGCAACUGCUACAUUUAAGAUUUUUUCCCCCCUGCAUUUCAGAAGGAUUAUCGUUUUUUGGAAUACAAGGCUCUCCCCAUCAUAUUGCUGCAGUCUUGUACCACAUGACAGAAAAUGAGCCAACACUGUAAAGUACUAAGUGCCUGUGGACCUCCGAACCUGAUAACCUUUCUAUAUAUAUAGGUAUCACAAUAUCUUGUCUUGGUUUCAGAGUUUGCAUGCAUGCACAAUGAGAAGAACAUUUUACUAUUAUACAAAAAAAUUACAUCUGUACAGAGCAUUUUAAUGCAAGCAUUUUUUGAAGAAUUUGUUUUUAUAAAUUGUAUGUGUUUAUAUGCAUGCAUGUGUAUGUUUGCACAAUGUGUAAGUGCAUGCACACAUUUGGUGAGAGUUUACAUACUAUUUGGUGAAGGUCACAAAUGUGAACCUAAAUCAAACUAUAAAUAUGAAAAAUUUCAAUAACAAUGCGAAAAAACCAAAGAAAGUCAACUUUAUUCACUCUGAUCAAAUGGUGAUCCGUGAGCAAUAAUCAGUCACAAAAUUUGUCUUCAAUGGGAAACAAAAUGACGAAUAGAAUAAAAGAUGUGUGCAGUGUUGACA